GACUGAUCUCGAGCAACUUCAUGGCUCGUCAGUUACCAAGGUAUUCCAGAAUCGCCUCGGGCGCCACAUCCGGACCUUGGGUGCGCUUCCGAAAGAUUACUUCAAGCCUUGGAUCAGAACCGAGUUCAUGCCGAUCACCAUGUUGGUGCAACGACGCCGCCACUCGUCAUGAUUCCCAAGCCUAGCAGCCUCGUCGCCAUGGGCUGUCAGCAGCAGAGAAGGAGCACUUCCAUCCGAAGGCGUCAACAUGAUAUUGCUCCUCAUCGGUAAAUCAUUCAUUAGACAGAGAUUAAAGGAGGCUCGAUCUAGAUCCUAUCUCUCUCUCCCUCCGUCUCUCUGUCUUUGUCUCUCUCUCCAAGUAUCUACCCCCGACACCGCAACCACCGCCAAGCCCGAGAAACAAGCUGCAUCCAAGCAUGCGCAUCACUCAGCUUUUGCCCGUGCUCUCCAUAGCCGCAUGCGUCUUGGCUCUCGAAAACGGAGGUUAAGCUGGCACCUGAGGCUUUGGACAGUGUUGAAUGUUAUUCGGCUGCUGAGCUUGAUGCAGUGCCGGCCGGCCUGCCGGUUUCAUACUCGCGCUCCGACGUGGACCAGCUGGCAUUGGAACUUGUUGAGACGGAACUUGUUGAGAAGGCAGGCGCCGAGGAUGGAUGGGAUGACUUGAUACUGCGAAAAGAUAAGAGAAGAAGAAGAGGAUCAAGAGACAGAUGCUGCCCACGAGAUUCUACCUGACGGUCCACAUGCGGUGCAUGCAGAUAUGUACGGGUGAAAGUGGUGGCAAGAAACAGUGCCGCAAGUCCAGGCCGUCGUUAUUGCCCUCCCAGACCCUACUGGCUUGAGGUCGUCCAAGGUGGUCCAACGUGAGGACUCACACAGGUCAGGCGGCUUGGACGCAAAGGUGGAAGCAUGCACCCUCGACACCAAAAAGGGACCGAAAACUCAAGGACCGUUGCGAGUUCGUGUUCCUAUUCCGCCGCGACCUCGCUCAUAAGGGGUGCGCAGGCUUUCUCAGACAGUUCGGAAUCCAAACUCUGCUGCCCAUAUAUUU